UCGCAGUCAAGAAUGAAAAUUUGCGUCUGUUCCGUGAUUCAAACUCCGAUUAUCCAACCAACUUAUGGCAUAUACUACUAUAUAAGUAAGUAUAAGUACUAGAAGUUCAUCGCACCUAGUAGUACUGUCAUGCUGGACGGAUAAGUUACAGCCUGAUUUUUUCUGGUCUAUCCAGAGUCAUGGUCUCCUGCCUCUCUCGCGCCAUCGUCGCCAUUUUCUCCCUGGUCUUAUUAAUGACUGUACGUAACAGUAUGAUAAACAAUGGUGGUUCCAGGGGGGUAAGUGUUCAAACAAGCUUGAGACUUGAGCACGCAUUAUUUGAUAUCCAUGCAGCACCUUUCUUUCCAGUAGAAUUAUUUUUAAUGAACGAUUCGUCGUCGUCGGUUACAGCUAUUUUCAUAUCGAUAGACCAGAAUCUGGAAAACUCAUUUAGCCUGUUGGAGCGACACCAAACAGAGGCGCGCACGCUAGCUACUUUUAUGAAUCUUUAACGUAACUUGGGGCUUGUGGGGCACUGCGGGGCAGUGACGAGACCCUGGAAUCGUACCGCACGCACUGACCUGCGACCAGCCGCACAUGGUGCACCGUGGUUAUUACUAACUGCAGGUGACCUUGUCAAGCAAACGAAGCCCUCGCCGUGAAAGCCACUGUAAUGUUGUCAAAGCAAGAUUGUCGUCUCUUCGUCUCCGUCGAAAACAAUGGUUUUUGGAUCAUUUGACAUUGUUGAUCCAUUGCGCAAAUAUAUUUUACAUACAUGCUUGUGAGUCAAUCCAUGCCUAUGUAGUGUUCGUUCGAUGGUGGCAAGAGACACCUCAAUAUCCCUCACCUCCCGUAGAGUACUUUGUAGUUCAGAU